AUGGUCACCUUCACCAACAUCCCAGAUACCCUCAACGCCUACUCCGACGUCCCUCUUACCCCAAAUCUCCUUUCCUCCGUCCAGCAUGCCUUCUUCGACGGCUCCCUCGCCCGCUUCCAGCACCCUUCCGUCGUAGUCCCGAUCCACGACCGCCCCGACUUCCACGGCCAAUCCCACCAAAACAUCCGAAACAUGCUCGAUAGCGAGGGCCUGGAAGAUGAAUUUGCGCUUAUCGACAACACGACCCUCUCCACCAACUCAGUCUGGUUCAUCGAAAGCACCGAUGACAGCCUCUACGAUACCGAGGAGGCCAUAAAAGCUGGCUACCCACCCGUUACCUACCCUCACGAGGACUCCACCCUCUGGCAGAUCCGCGUGCACACCGUGGACGUGCCCUACUGUCUGCACAACUGGAAUAAUAAUAAUGGGAGCGCGGUAGAAUGGCUCCGAUCCCGCUUCCAAAUCUAUGAUCCCCACGAUGCGCAGAUGCCGCCGUUCACGAGGGGGUUGAACUGGACGGAUAAAUCAAUAUUAUCAACGGUUGCAGCUAAAGCAUCCAUCCUGGCGGAAUAUUGGGAGUUCGAGUGGAGCACGAGGCUGGAAGACACUAGUAACAGGUGGCCAGCCGUGGUACGGUUGACUGAGUCGGUGGCGAUGGAGUCGGGGCUGCUGCAGAAGUGGGAACCUUGGCCCUUCAUUCCAGUAGUGAAUGUGACCAUAGGUUUCGAUGCGCCAUGGGAUUGGGAUAGCCCAAUUUGGCCGCCUCAAUAUCCUGACCCUGGGGAUGGAUGCUUGCAGGAGUCAUUGAUGAAAAGAGAUGGUGUGAACAAGACUUCAAUGACACAGCAGGAGGGGUGUCUGAAUCUGAACUCGUUGCUCUCGAAUGCAUCAGGACCACGUCCAGGUCCCCAAGGAUCUGAAAAUGUUGCGAGCGACAGCCAAAUGACACAGAGGUCCUUACACCGGAAUAUGAGGCGACAAAGGCGAUUUCUUGCAGCAUAA